CUCUCCUCGGCCGCGCCGGAUGGAAUGGGGGGUGAUGUCAGCGCAUGAGCCCUGUGGAACGUGCGUGUUUCCCAUCAUGAUUGUAGUCUCGACGACGUCUCUGUGAGAAGAGCGAGCCUGCUUCGGACCCAUCCAACCCGCCUUCCCACCUCUCCCUCAUUCGCCGGCGCGUCCCUCACAUGUCAGGCAAAGGUGACUUUCAGGCAGUUUGCGCGCCAUGCAGGCGGAGAGGCGCAAAGAUGUGCGCGGUGGCUGAGCGGACCGCCCAGGCUGUGCGUGAGGAGGACGCACGCGAGCUGCCAGGUAGUCGAAUCGUCAUUUAAAAGGAGCCAAAAAAAUGUGCGGUUUGUUUUAUUAAGAGUCAUCACCAUCCUCAGAAGCAGGAAGGCGAGUGUGUCAUGUGUUGCAGGCUUUCAGAGAUCGCUCACAAGCAGAUCAGAAGCAUCACCCGGGGCUGUUCGUUUUGCCCAACAUAUCGGGAUUUGUUCCAUUUUUGCUCCAUGACAUAAUGGACAGGUUGCAUUCGUCCAUGCGUAAACGCCUCUACAGUUUGCCCCAGCACAUUGGACACAAACCGUCCAUCAUGGGCGAAGGAGAAGACGCGGACAAGGACACGCGAAGGAAGAGCAUCCGGAUGAAGCCCUUGCCGUCUCCCACCUCCGGGGGAAGCUGCAGAGGCUUGGGGGAGACCAAGAGCGGCGAGUCGCUCAUCAUGGAGACCGACAUCGGGAGACCAAUGAAGACCAGCUCCAACGGAGACUGCCGGAGGUUCCGGGGAAGCCUCUCGUCCAUCACCAGCCGCCAUGUGCACGACUCGGACUCGGCGGAGGAGAGGCGUCUCAUCACCGAGGGGGACGUCACCCCGAGCGAGGAGAGCCCCCCCAAAGCGAUCGGUGAGAGCGUCACGGAGCAAGGCGCGCAAGGGGCCGGCGGGGGUGACGCUUCCAGCGGUGGCGGCGGUGACGGCGCACCCCAGAGCGAGUCCCAAGCGGACAGCCAGUCCGGGUUCAUAAAGUUGGAUGGAAUUGAUCAGAUACUGCCUGACGACGAGCGCUUGUACCAGGCCGGGUUCAUGCACCGACAGUUCGGGGCCAUGCUCCAGCCGGGGGUCAACAAGUUCUCCCUGAGGAUGUUUGGAAGCGAGAAGGCAGUGGAGCGAGAACAGGAGCGGGUUAAAUCUGCCGGAUUUUGGAUUAUUCACCCUUACAGUGAUUUCAGGUUUUACUGGGACUUGACCAUGCUGCUAUUGAUGGUGGGCAACCUCAUCAUAAUUCCCGUAGGCAUCACCUUCUUCAAAGACGAGCACACACCUCCCUGGAUAGUUUUCAACGUGGUCUCCGACACCUUCUUCCUCUUGGAUCUCGUGCUCAACUUCCGGACAGGCAUCGUCAAGGAGGACAACACGGAGAUCAUUCUGGACCCGCAGCAAAUAAAGAUUAAGUACCUUCGCAGCUGGUUUGUGGUGGACUUUAUCUCCUCCAUCCCGGUGGACUAUAUCUUCCUCAUCGUGGAGACGCGCAUUGACUCCGACUUCUACAAGACGGCACGCGCCUUGCGGAUUGUCCGCUUUACCAAGAUUCUUAGCUUGCUUCGCCUCCUGCGCCUCUCGAGACUCAUUCGCUACAUCCACCAGUGGGAAGAGAUCUUCCACAUGACCUACGACUUGGCCAGCGCUAUGGUAAGAAUCGUCAACCUUAUCGGCAUGAUGCUGCUCCUUUGCCACUGGGAUGGCUGCCUGCAGUUCCUGGUGCCCAUGCUGCAGGACUUCCCCGCUGAUUGCUGGGUUUCCAAAAAUAAGAUGGUGAAUGACACGUGGGGACAGCAGUACUCCUAUGCGCUGUUUAAAGCCAUGAGCCACAUGCUGUGCAUCGGCUACGGCAUGUACCCACCGGUGGGCAUGACCGACGUAUGGCUGACCAUCCUCAGUAUGAUUGUGGGCGCCACGUGCUACGCCAUGUUCGUGGGCCACGCCACCGCUCUCAUACAGUCAUUGGACUCUUCGCGGCGGCAGUACCAGGAGAAGUACAAGCAAGUGGAGCAAUACAUGUCCUUCCAUAAGCUGCCAGCAGACAUGAGGCAAAGGAUCCACGACUAUUACGAGCACCGCUACCAGGGCAAGAUGUUCGACGAGGAGAGCAUCCUAGGGGAGCUGAACGAACCGCUCCGAGAGGAAAUCAUCAACUUUAACUGUCGGAAACUGGUGGCCUCCAUGCCACUGUUCGCCAAUGCUGACCCCAAUUUUGUUACCUCCAUGCUCACCAAGCUCAAAUUUGAGGUGUUCCAGCCUGGCGAUUACAUCAUCAGGGAGGGCACCAUCGGCAAGAAGAUGUACUUCAUCCAGCAUGGUGUGGUCAGUGUUCUAACCAAAGGCAGCAAAGAAACCAAGCUUUCCGAUGGCUCCUACUUUGGUGAAAUUUGUUUGCUGACUCGCGGCAGACGGACGGCCAGUGUGCGAGCCGACACAUACUGUCGUCUGUACUCUCUGUCGGUGGACAACUUCAACGAGGUGUUGGAGGAGUAUCCCAUGAUGCGAAGGGCGUUUGAGACAGUCGCCUUGGACAGACUGGACAGAAUUGGCAAGAAAAACUCCAUCCUGCAGCAUAAGGUGCAGCAUGACCUCAGCUCGGGUGUCCUCAACUACCAGGAGAAUGAAAUCAUCCAACAAAUUGUACAGCACGACAGGGACAUGGCCCACUGUGCCCACCUCCUGCAGAAUCCCCCUCCCCAGACGCCACCUUCGCCGACCCCUGUCAUCUGGGCUCCACUAAUCCAGGCACCUCUCCAGGCGGCAGCCGCCACCACCUCAGUUGCCAUCGCUCUCACACACCAUCCCCACCUGCCACCGACUCUCUUCAGACCUCCAGUAUCAGUCCUGGGGUCCCUGAAGGAUCCCCCUAGUCGGCAAAAGAAGUUUCACACUUUUGGUCCAUCAUCGCCAGUUCCUGGGUCUGCUGGGGAUUCUCCUGCCAGCACUCCUUCAAAACGACGCACAGGAGUGGACAUGUCCUUACUGGCCUCUUUUCAGGCACAGCACGUAACAUCAGGUUUAGGGGCAUCUAGCUCUAGUCAACAGGGUUCAGGUAGCGAAGGUCUAAGUGGACCGAAUGAGAAAAAGUCAGGGUUUAGUGCGAGCAGGUCCUCGGCACUUCAUCGCAGACCGUACUCAUCGUCUGGUUCGCCCUCAUCGAGUCUGGCCCAGCUCCACCCACAACCACAGCAUCAGCAGCCUUUUCGCUCCACCACCCCGCCUUUGUCCAACUUUUUCCAUCAAGCAGCGACAACUGGAAGCACCGGGUCGGGCCUAAGUGGAAGCGUAGUCGGCGCCUGCGGCGGUGCAACAGAUUGGCCUUCGGGUGGAGCAGUCGGCGGGUCUUUUGAGGGGGCAAGUGGAGGUGAUGGCGGGUGGGCCAGCGACGACUUUACAACUCCUGCGACAGAAGCGAGUUCACUAAAACAUUUUAGGUUAGGAACUGCUCCCAGUGGAUCAGUGGGGGGUAUCUCAGGGGAAUCAAUGGCUGGGGUUUCUGAAGGAUCAUUUCGUGGUGAUAGUGGAAGAUCAACAGCAGGGGUCACAGGCAGGUUUACCUGUGUGUCGGUAGCUGAUCCAGCCAGAAGGUCUUUGGGAGGAGUCUUGCUUGCAUCAACCGGAAAGGGUUCAGGAGAAUUACUCAUAGGGAUGAACACUGGUGGAUCCUUAGGGAGGGCCUCUGGUGCUUCAUUGGAAGGGACCCCUGGAAACUCAACUGUAUCAACCACAGCUGCAGGAUCAUUAGGGAGGGCUUCUGUCGGAUCAGUGGGAGAGACCGCUGGAGAUUUACUGGUAUCGACAACCACAGCUGAUUCAUUAGGAAGGACUUCCCGUGGGUCAAUGACUGGAACAACCGAAAAAUUACUUGUAGCAGUGACCACGAGCGGAUCACUAGGACGGCCUGCUAUUGGAACCAAGGUUUCUGGAGGAUUAACCGGAGGAUUAGCCAUGGCUUCUCCUGUCGGAAUUUCUAGUGAAUCUCUGAUAGGAAAUCCUGGAGGAGGACCUCUGGGAAGGGCUUUCAGUGCAGAUGUAGCUAGUUUUAUCGGGGUAUGUUCAAGUGCACCAGGCGGAGGGGGUGGAGCAGCACAAAAAGGUAGGUCAACAGAGGACGCAGUAGGAGGGCAUGCUCUGAGUGGCCCUUCAGGGGGGGCAUCUGGUGGCGCUAUAGAAGGACUUGGUUCUUCUUCACGUUGUCAGAGCCCAAUAUCUACUGGCUCUUCCAGCCCCAUGCCAGGACAACUUAUCUCCUGUCAGCCAACCCCCAAAACUCCUCAAGUGACUCCCUUGCAACAGUUUGCUGGAGGAGGAAGGACUACAAGUGGCUUGAACCUCUUUCACUCACCUCCACACGGCUCUCCAUCUUCAAGCAAAGGGCAUAAUGGCCAACAACCCACUGAGGGUUCUCCGUCAUCACUUGGGCACUUUAGCCUGGCAGGCCUCCAGUCUGGGUUCCUUCCUCACCAGAUCUCAUUAGAGAGGUCUGCCUUGGCUUCUCUGGCCCAGUAUGGUUCAGCAAACGCCUCUCCAUGCCUUACUCCGGUGGCGCCAAGCCCAACUAUUCAAAGCCCUGUGACGAGCAGGACUUUCCACUUUAGCGAUCUGUCUAGUGCCACAGGAUCCCAUAGUUCUCUGUUCAUGCCUCAAUCCUCUCUUCCUGUGCAUCCUCCGGUACAGACACACACUGCAGGAAGAGAUCAUCAGCCGGGUCGCUUUUCUGAGGAUCUAAAGCUGCUAUCCAGCUCACACCCAUCCCUUCCCCAGGAGGUGGCCCAGGCCUUAGGCCACCAAACUGUUAGCUCCGCUGUAGAAACGGGUUAUUACCCUUCACCCUUCUCCUCGCCCACUCUAAAACCCAAACCCUGCAGCUCAGUUCCUGGUCAUAUGACUCCUCCGGUCCAGCUUUCUCCAAGCCACUCCCAUCAGACACACUCCUCCGGAGCCUCACCGUCCCAAUCGCUUCGGAGGGGGUCUUCUACCUACUCAUCGGAUCUAGAAACUCAAACUGUACGUUCAAAGCUUCCUUCCAAUUUGUGAGAAUUGAUCACACCCUCCUUUGCUCCUCCAGACUGAACUGCGCACAAUCGUCGUGUGUGAUUCGUUUAACUUUCCUUUACCAGAUGUCACUGUGUUCCCCCUUUCAUUUGACCUACAAUUUGCUGUGAUUUAAUAGACACUUUACCAGAUAACACUGUUUUAUGCUUUGUCCUAUUCUUAAUUAUCGUCAUAUAUAUAGAAAGAGAUAUUUAAUUGAUCCGCUAAUCAAGGAGGGUGUGAAAAUCUCUAUUUAAUGGACCGUCUUUUCUUUAUGGGGGAGGACAUUUCAAUACACAAAUACUCAUUUUGUCCGCAGGCACCUAUGCACUAAUACCUGCAUCCAAGGCUUUUUUGUGUAUCUCAACAAAAGUGAUCUACAUUUUGCUAAAAUGAUUACGUCAUACGGGAUCGCAUAUUGUUGAUUCUGAAAUGUAUAGACUGUGCUUAUUUAUCAUGUGUAUGUGUGUAUACCUUUUGAAACCUGAUGAUGAAAACAUUUUAGGAAACCAAAAAGAAGACUUCCAGUAAGGUAAAUCCAUCACUUUGAUCCCUUAUUUUGUAUAGCUUCGUUGUAAUAAUAACAAGGAAGCCUUGUUUUGUUUUAGUUUUCUGAAAGCAUGGCGAAAAGGGACUCAAGUAAGCUAGCCUCCAUCUCAAUGUGGAGAUUACGGCAGCGUGUGUCCCAACAAACUCACUUUGUCUUCCAAACUCAUGCCGCUAAACUUGUGUCAGACGCCCGUGUUGUUUCGUUCUUCCUAAAUGCGUGCGAUUGAUCAUGUAAUGCGAGUGUGUGGCUCAGCAAAACAGUCAGAUGUAAGGCAAGACGUUGCCUUCUUAAAAAAUGGUUUUCCAUGUUAAAAAAAACAAGGACUUCCAAGAUCCACAGGUUGUCUGUGUUGAUUCUCAGUCAUCCAGUUUAUUGAGGGACGCGAACUGUGAUUCACCUACUUAAUUUUUAUUGAACACAACUAAACUUUUUUGUUGGAAGUCCAUUUGCCUCUGAUUUAAGUUUAAUUGGUUAAAAUCAUGUUGACUGCUUCUUUUGUUGCAUAGUUAGUAGUUCUCAACCAGGCCUAAAUGCCAAUGGGACACACAGUAAAUCAACUUGAAAAAUAAGUAUUCACAUUUCAUUUUAUCAGAUCACGUGAUUAAUGAUAAUGCAUAGCCACUCAUCCUGAGAACGGAAUUUCCUGAAUGUUUCCAUGACUGCUUGGUUUACUGGGGAGAAUCAGAGCAAGGCUAGGUGAUAUGUCUUUGAUUAAAAAAAAAAAAAAAGUUCCACCCAAAGUGCAAUUUCUCAAUAAUAAUUAUUUUUUUCCCCCUUCAGUAAAACUUGUCUGACAUUGCCGAUCCCAUACAAUUCCAAAUGACCAACAAAAAGUGGUUUCAGUAAACGAGCUGUUCUCUGCUCACUCAUAUAUUGUUUGCAUUAACAAAGGCAAAUCAGCUGAAACAUGGAGUGUAUGUUUGUCAGCAACAAAAAAUAUUCAAUAGUAUUUAUUUUAAUGCCACACUUAGUUGAUGCACGAGUAGAUUAAAACCAAUGCAUUUUGUCAAAUUUUAGGGCCAAAAUGUGACUAUUUAGGCACAGUCCUAAAGCUUGCGUCAUUGAAAAGAAGAAAUACAAAUAAGAUUAGUAUCAACAGGGGCACAUUUCCAAAAUAUGCAAUGUAUAUGUACUAGGGUUGCAGGUAUCAAUUAUUUUAGUGGUUGAUUAAUCUAUCAACUAGCUAGUUUGAAUAAUCGAGUAAUCAGAUUCGGAACAUUUAAAGCGUUGCAGAAUCAAUUUAAGGAGAUGUAAUACAGGCUUACUCAGAUUGCACUUUCAAAAGGGCAUUAAAUGCAAAUACAAAUUAAAAAUUCAGAAGUGUUACCUCAAACUUUUACUUAAAAAUUAAUUUAAAUACCUGAGCUUAGCCCCAAACUGUAUUAAAAUAAAUAAAUAAAUCGGGAUCUAAGUACAACAAAAAAUGGCUAAAUUACAUAGGAAAAGUCAGCUCGUUUAAAAGCUAUAAAAUACUAACUUCUUUUUACAAUACUCUUAACAAAUCGUUCAAACACAUAUUCCCCUAAAAACAGCUAAAUAUACCUAUAUAAACCAAAUUAAGAAUGCGUAAAAAAACAUAUUAGCUCAAACAAAAACUUAGCUUAUGUUAGUCUUAACAGGGAGCAGUUGGAUUCAGCCAUGUUCAGUGAGUUACUCACUGUUGCCAUUAGAGGGCAGUUGGUCCACCCAAAUCAAUAAAACUAAAUGUAAACACUUUAAAAACAAACCAUUACAACACCACUCUAAAACUCAAAUACUCGAAGCAGCAAAAUUUUAUUAGCUUUUUUCUAAUCGAAUUACAUGAGUUAUUCGAUUAAUCAUUGCAGCACUAAUAUGUACUGUAGAUUUUUUUUUUUUUAAACCCUGCAGCACCAAACAAGACUGUUUCACUCUUAAAAAUAAAUGGGAUGUCUUUUCCUUAGCAGCAAUUAAUGUUGCCUAAGUAGCCUUUGGCAUGAUACAUUUAAAAUUAUUAUAUGCCAAAAAAUAUCUGGAUAUCAGACAUGUUAAGCUAUGGUAGCAUCUUCCCAAAUGAUAUAAUGCAAUACUUCAAGUGUAACUGGGAGCGGUUGUCAACUAAUGUUGUACUGUUCAGACUAUUUGGGUGCAAAUGUUCAAGGUAGAUCGUACCAGUUUUAAAGCUGUUUUUCUUCAUUCAGUUUAAAUUUUGCUGUAUUUUAAUUGGAACGGAAAAUCUUUCAGUCCUCAGGAGUUGUGCCAUAGCACUGUUAUACAGUAGCUCUGAUUAUAAACUUGCUUUAGCAAAACAAAACAAAAAAUGAGUAGGUGGCUAGACAGGAACAGGGAUGUGCUUCUACUAGUUUGUCCACAGCUCAUCACCGAUACACACAACUCCAAGUAGGUUCCAUUCCCACAGCUGAGUCCCCACCAACUCAGUCACAGCAGCCUAAUUUAACAAGACAUGUUUGUAAUCCCUUGACCCUCACAGGCUAACAUGGAGUCACACACAGCACACAGAUACAGGCACUUGGUGACCAUCUCCCUCAUUAACGCUUCCCGCAAAUCCCUUUAAUGAGGUGCAGCAAACACGCAGGACGUGACACUGCCGCAUACGUAUUUACAGGCGUACAAAUCAAAUAACAAGAAUCCUUCCUAAAUACCCUAAUGUAAUAUAAUAACUUAAAUAGAGUGGAUUUAGGAUGAAACAAGGUCUCCUUUAACAAGCCAGAGUAUGAUUGCAAUAGUAAAUCUAGCCACAUCACUCUGAAAAGUAACAGUACUGGGAAAAUAAUGAUUGAUAUGUGUUUUGGUAUAAAGGUAAACAUUAAGUACAGACUACUUCACUUCAUGAAUAGCAGGUCACAAUAAUUAAAAAGAAGAUGGAAUUGAAUAAGAGUUAACCUUAGCCCUAUUUAUUUUGGAUUUCUGCAAAGGAAAAAUGUAAUACUAUAAUAGGAUUCUUGUUAAUUAAUGAGUCAAAUUUUCGCUAUCAUCGUUGAUGCCUAACAGUUGGCCGGUUGUCACCUAACUUCCGACAUUUCAAAAAACGUACCAUAUUUUUCGGACUAUAAAUCACACCCGAGUAUAAGUCGCACCAGCCAUAAAAUGCUCAACGAAGAGAAAAAAAAAACGAAUGUAAGUCGCACCGGAGUAUAAGUCGCAUUUUUGAGGAAAAUUUGCUUGAUAAAAAUCCAACACAUAGAACAGACGUGUCAUCAUGAAAGGCAAUUUAAUAUAAAAAUACAAUAGAGCACAACAUUCUGAGUAAGUGUACAGUAUGAUGUUACAUGAUGCAUGAACAACAAAAUGCGAAUAUACUGUCCUCAUCAGGACGCUACUGCUCGGUCCUGGCUAUACAGCGAGCUAAACUCCCAAAUGACGAUGCUGGACGUCCGUAUAAUUUGCUGACCUUAUUUUGGCCAUCGUUAUGACACUAUCAUUUGAAGAGUGCAACUAAAAAUAGAAAUAAUAAUAAUCAAUUUCAUCCUCGAUACCAAACAGGUUCGCAUCAAGAUGAGGACGCUACUGCUCGGUCCUGGCUAUACAGCGAGCUGAACUCCCAAAUGACGAUGCUGGACGUCCGUAUAAUUUGCUGACCUUAUUUUGGCCGUCGUUAUGACACCAUCAUUUGAAGAGUGCAACUAAAAAUAGAAAUAAUAAUAAUCAAUUUCAUCCUCGAUACCAAACAGGUUCACAUCAACGUAAAUAAAUGAUAAUUAGCUGCUAUUACAUCAAUGACACCAACGGUUAGCAUGCGUUCACUAGCAUUAGCACAUCAUUCAAACAACCGCACAACUGGCUGUAAGUGUCCGAUCACGUGUGGAAAACACACAACAACAACAGAAAAGAUGAUACACACAGACUUUGCCUCUGUAGAGAUAUGUUACAAGCAUAAACAAUGAACGUAGGUUCGCAGCCGUGUUUCUCUCUCUCGCUCUCUCUCUCGUCCACUCGCUCAGACGCUGCAUAGCUGUCCGUGUUCUUCUGGCGUGUGAGCGCUCUUCUUCGAGUAAACAAAUGCGAGUGUGGUCCCACUUGGCCGUAAAAGCGCCACAAACUAAAAGCAUGCCAUCAAUAUAAAAAAGUCAAUAAUACAAUUGAACACACAUUGCCAAAGGCAGAACGCGAACGUGGCCUAGCUAUUAAGAUUUAUUCAGAUAACAAGUUUACCAAACCAUCAGUGUCACUCCAAAACACCAAAAUACCAUGUGAAAUGAUAUAAUGUGUUAAUAAUUUCACACAUAAGUCGCUCCUGAGUAUAAGUCGCAUCCCCAGCCAAACAGUCCGAAAAAUACGGUAAUGUUAAUUUAUCCAUUCAUGUUCAUAAAAGUAAAAAUGAUUGUUUGUGUACUGUAUAUGUGCCUUGCGAAUCACUAGCAAGCAGUGAGAGAGUGUACCUAAUUGCACCAAUGUGCAUCAAUAGACAAGUUUCCUAAGCGAAUCAUGGGCAGCGCCAUCUUUGACAUUUUCCUCUACGGACUUCUGAUUUAGACAGAACAACAUGAAGUGCGGUUGAAGUAAGCAGUGUGUAGACAAAGUUAAAACUGCUAAAUCAAACCGGAGGAACCCACGGAAUCUCCAAAAAUGGAUUCAGUUCGACGUAGAUGAAGCAUGCGUUUGUUCUUAUCACUUCGUUGAUCGUUCAUGGACAAAAUUCUAACAAUCUGUGCAGCCUGUGUUAACAUGAGGUGUAGAUUGAUACAUCGGCCUUUUGAGUGACCAAAAUGAGGCAAAUUACAAAUAAUAUUACAGUUGCCGAAUUCAGAAGGGCUGAACCAGAUGUUGUUGUUACAAGGAAAUACUACAAGGUAUUGUUCAUCUGGUUGGAUUAUAGUUAUGUUAUUAUGACCUCAUCACACAUGUACAUAUAAACACAAAUAGUACGUCAUUCUUUUUUAUUGCAGAUAUUGAUCGCAAUAAAACUUUUGGACAGCAUGAGUCCAUUUCUUGUUUGAUUUAAAACAAUUGGUGCAUGUGCAAAACAGGUCAAUAAAUCACAAUUUAUAAAAUUAUUAGAAACAUAUCAACAAAGGUGGAGCAUAAGGUGAGCCUUCCAUCAAAUAAUGCACGUAGUCUUGAUAUACAGUAUGUACAUCAAUGUACAGUUAGCGUUGUUGUGAGGGCCAUCAAAAUGUCUUCCCCUGCCUAACCAGCAAUUUCCUACCUGUAAACAAACAAAAAACUUGCAUUUAUGCGUUUACAUAAUUAUGCCAUCCUACAGGUACUGAUUAGCAACAGGCUAGCAGCAGAUAGCUUGUGUUGCAGCCACAGCAGUACAGUUGUUGUAGUAAAUAAUAUUAAACAUCAUCAUAAUUACAAUCAUUAUCGUAAUAACAAUAUCACAGACAACAAGUCGUUUCAUGUACAAGAUUUUAGCUUUAGAAUUUUUUGAGCACCGGAUAUAUGAAAAUGCCGGGAUAGGAAGAACAUACCUUCCAUAACACAGUGGCAACAUGGCUGCAUAAACACCCUGUCUUUGUGGUAGCACAGGCUUGGUUCCACUCCUGCCUUCAUGAAAAUGUUAACCUCCCAUGUCGUGAUGAUGGCAGACGGAUGCGGUAUUGCCAAAUUGUCUUUCUUGAGGGAUUUCAAAGAGUGAUACCACUCCAGCUCCACGGUUCUUUUGGUUAGAGAAAGUCUAAAAUGGAAGUUGCGAGCAGAAGUGCCGAGGUACCUCGGAAACGUGUCUAUAGUUUGAAUCGUAUUCAGUUCUAAAAGUACGGCAAAGACUGCCUACCAUUGCUUGAGUAAAUGUUCUACCAUCCACAGUAUUUAUUUUAUAUUUGGAAAAAUUCAACUUCCUCUGGGCCAAUGGAAACCUUGUCGACAAAUUAUAGCAGGUCAUUAUGACUACCCAAACUUGCACAAAGCUCGAGUUCUUCCCGAGAAAUGUACCUUGAAUUACAGCUUGUACAACUUGAAGAGUGUUUGACAUUCCAUUUAAAAGUUAGCCCAGUGCUUGUACAUCACUGUUCAUGUGCUUUCCUGAGACUGAUUGCACAAAGUCGCUUUAUUAUUAUGGAAUUACAUCAUACAUCACUACUUUUCCUCUUCUCUGAACCGAAAAAACAUUCACCCUACUGCAGCGCUAGUGUGACUCAUAACUGCGCGUGGAAUAUCGUGUCGAGAGUCUACUUUGCCACCAUCCAGAGGACCAAAGGUUGCAAGGACUGAGCCCUGUGGGUGCUACGAAGGAAGAUGGAGUGAAAGCUAAAAAUAGUUUCAACUUAGGUUGAAUCGAUUACGAUUGCCGCGAGAGGAGUCGGGGGGCGAGAAUUACCUCUCUUCUCACAGUGUGACCUUAGAGGCGUUUUGAAGGUGUUGACGUGGAGGUGCCGAGGGAAGACAAAAGAGUCCGGCAGACCGCUGGGUACUCACACUGAUCGCAGACUCGUCACUGGAGGACAUCUUGUAAUUGCACUGGUGUAGAGGCAUGCAAAGGAAUGUGAGUUAGUAGAUAGUGUCGAGAGCAUUUGUUUUUUACGGAGGGUAGCGCCAGAAGGCGUUGCUCCCAUCUUUGAGAGAGAUCAACACAAGCUUGGGAUUGAUUCGUUUUAGUCUCCCAUGUUGUAACUUCUCACAAGCGAUGACACCAUCGUUGUAAACUCUCGCUUGAAAGCAUGGAAUUUGUUGAUGAAGAUAAGCUUUUCUUUUAUUGAUUACCGAGUGGCUUUGCAUUUAUGUAAUGCAAAUUUAAAAAAGAAGUGUGGGGUUUAAUCCUUCAGGUCAAAUACAUUUCUCAACUAGAGGAAAGGAAGUGUAAUCUUUCUUUCUGAGUAUAAACCAGGAAAAUAACCAAAAGUGGAGUUACAAGAUUUUUCACCUAACAGCAACGUUUCGACUUGAAGGAGGGAAUUUGCUAUUUUCAUCCACCAUGACUAUUUGCGUAACAUACUAGUAUGGCUGCAUCAGCUGGGAAUUACACAGGAAGGCUUUUGAGAGACGGGAAAGAAAAACAACCAGAGCUGAGCCACUUUCUCAAGCAGCAAACAGUUUUCAUGAUGUCUCCCUGUCACCCGUCAGAAGAACACGGCAGUUCAAGGUCAGCGAGGGAACCAGAAAAAAAAGGGGAGGGGGGGAAAAAACAGGCCAGUGGAAGGAUCAAGAAACCUGACAGUGUUGUGACCGAAUUCAUCCAGCCAUCUUGUUUGGAGGACUGUCGUGUGGACAGUAGUGUUUAUUGUCCUUUUUUGGAAUCUUUCCUUGUUCGGGAAAGUGUUGUGGGGGAAAAAAACAAAACAGAACUCUUGAUAAUGAUAUCGGGACUAUUUGUGUUAUGUUCAUAGUGCAGGAAUAGAUGUAGAGAGCAUGGUUUUAAAUCUGAUAACAGUUGAAAUAAGCAACAUAAAUCCACAUUUGAAUCUCGGACCAAGUGCUCUUGUAUUUAGUUUGCAGUUCUCUCCAUUUCAGGAUUUUACAAGUGCCCACACAUUACAAUGGUAUUGCUAAAUCAGCAGUUGUCAAGUUGUAGUCCCAAGGUCUAUGAGCUGUAGCUUGGGGAUCCACUAAAUCAGGGGUCCCCAUCUGCCGGGCCGCGGACCGGUACCGUUCCGUGGCGCAUUUGCUACCGGGCCGCACAGAAAUAAUAAUUUAAUAACGACUGCAUUCUGGCCGAAUUAACCCUGUGCCCCUGCUUAACACACCAAUAUGCUUGUGUACUCUAGAUAUAAUACUACGGGAUAGAUUAGAUUGUCGUCAUAGAAAUCCAUUGAUUGGACUGCUCGGUAGUACUUCUUGUUUGUGUAUAUAAUAUAUCUAUAUGUGCUUGUCCUCGAUAAUAACGUAUUACUAGGCCGCGGGCGCAGCACAUUUGUUCCCGGAAAUAAUUAGCCCCCACACGAUCGAAGAUAACUGGAAAACAGACGUCUUUGGAGAUAUUUUUACGGCGAAAAUGAUAUUUUUACGGCGAAAAGGGCACCUGACGAGCCUACAACCUCGAAGACCCACGAACUGCGAAGGAGUGGAUUCGUGACCCGUUUGUGAAUAAAUCGAGUGAUUCGAGCAUGUCUGUGCAACAGGAAGAUCAACUUGUAGAGAUCGCAAAUGACGGCGACCUUAUUAAACGUACAUUUGAGACAACAACUCUACCGAGGUUCUGGAUUAAAGUCAUUCAGGAAUAUCCUGACAUCGCGACAAGAGCAUUGAAAACCUUGCUACAAUUUCCAACAUCGUAUCUUUGUGAAGCGGGCUUCUUAAUUAAUGUUUAACGACAAGGCGAAGUCGUUAAUGGUGAGCGCGGUGUGCAGUUGUUGUGUGCAGCUUACAUGGCAGGAUAUAUCUGAGGAGAACUUUUCUACAAGUCCUUCCAUGAUCAAACGUAAGUUAAUGUUCCUUUCUUUGAAGAAAGUUUUUAGUGUUUACUUUGGAAUCGCUGCAUUUGCGCAUUUUGUGGCUAUGUUUAACGUUACGCGCAUGUGCAUAACCGCAUCGUUGCAGUUUUUGAUGGGUUGCAAAAUUUGUCAGAACACCGGUGAAAAAAAGACCCAAAUAACACCGGUCCGUGGUGCAAAAAAGGUUGUGGACCCCUGCACUAAAUAACUAUCAAUAGUCCAUAGAUAACGCAGACAUCGACAAAAGAAAUAUCACACAAUAAUAGCGUACCGCACGCAACUCGUCGCUUUUGCUCAUUAAUAUUCAUGAUGUUAGCAACUGUUGCUAGGGGGGUCAAGCUCGCAUUUCUUUCUCAUGCUAAAUGCAUGUAAAUAGUGUACGAUUAAGAUGUUUACUGAGCCAAACCUACUAAUUCUGUCCGAAAAUGAUGUCUCUACUGCCAAAUUCACUGGUAAAGAUGUGGAAGAACAUACUAAUGUUUAGUUUAAGAAAUGGCUUGAGCGUUGAGGGCUGAAAAAGACGAAAAAAAGAGCCGACCUGAUCCAGAGGUAGCUUUUUUAUCGACACCUUUUUCUUGUGUGCAUUGCCUUACGUCACUGACAAUGACAUUCUCCUGUUUCAACAAGAUAUCCUUUACCACCAUAUUCCCUGUCUUGCUUACAUAUCUCUGACCAUUCUUGGGGGUAAUUUAUUUUGCUAUUUUUGAGUAUUGAUCGCAAAUGCUACUGAGUGACGGGCAACCAACACUUUUAAUUUUUUCAUUAAUACAAAUCUUAAUACUACAAUAUAUUCACACUUCCCUCUUACUAAAGUUGUUUUUUUACAACAAAAAAGGUAACAACCGUGGCAAUCCGAUACCAUUUUUUUUUUUUUUCCAGGUCAUUCAUUGUCAAACAGAAGCAGCACAGCAAAACGCCACGCUAAAAAAUAAGUAAAAAUAUCAAAGUCGCUUACCUCUUCGGGGCAGGCUGUGGCAGGCAAUUGAUCAGCAUUGUCAUCUGUAGGACCACAGCCCCCAACAAAAUGUUUUAAGGGAUAUGAAGGUGAAUGGCUUCACCUUGCUAGCGUUAAACUGGUCUUUUGGCUUCGGGAAACAUAUGAAGAAAACAUCCUUCAUUUGUCGUAAUGUCUACAGCCAUUUCUACAAGUUCCAUAGCAGCAGUGUUUACUCGGCAUGUUCUUUUUUGAAAGAUUACCGGUAGAAAACGAGCAGUAUCAACAUGGGUUGCAUGCGAGGGCGCUUCUGUGUUGACCCACUUCUGGUUUACGAUGGUUGCGUCACGCAGCAUUGCGAUCUAAAAACAGCAUUCAUGCGGUAUGCUAUUGCUACUCCGUACCUUAGCCUUCAGACAAUGAAAACCUGCAGUACCAAUCUUUUUUUUAAGAGAAUAAGCAUGUUGCUUUUAGAAUUAAAGCUGUGGCAAUAAUAGUAUGUCAAACUUGGGUAUUGCAGAAAUCAACUUGUCUUAAAAUGAAUCCUUUAACUAUAAAACUUUGACUUUAAUAUCUUAUUAGAAUGUUGUAUUGGAAAAUGUCUUUAUACCAGUAACACUUCUGGAUGGAUGUCUUUAUUCUUUACAAGAUUGCAACUUGCAAAAAAAAAAAAAGAUUACUGUCUUUUUCGGACUAGAAGUCAGUUUUUCCUCAGUUUGGCCGGGGGUUGCUAUUUACAUUCUGGAGUGACUUAUGUGUAAAAUAAUUAACACAUUAUUAUAUCAUAUCAGAUGUUAUUUUCACAUUAAACAGCAAGAAGGCCCUCAAGGGCUGUGUUUCACCAUUGGCGGUAACUUAUAAAAACAACUGAGAAGGGCUGAACAAAAUGGCAUCAAAAAGAAAAUCAUAUCCUGCAGAUUAAGUUGAAAAUGUGUUAUUUUUCAUGUAACAUUAGCAUACCGUACACAUAUUCAUCCUGUUUUUCUCUAUUCUAUUUUUUUUUAAAUUGCCUUUCACAAUGACAGAUGGAUAAUGAUUUAUCAAAUCAAUGCACCCCAAAAUGCGACUUAUAUUCCGGUGCGAGUUAUAGUCCAAAAAAUAUGGUACCUUGGAAAAGUCCUUCCCUUGAAAAAAUGUGCUGUGUUGGCCUACUGUAUUUGUGCCCUGCGAUUUGCUAGACAUAAGUCCAGGGUGUAGUCAACUGGGAUAAGGCGCUAUCUUCUUGCAAGAAACACAAGUGCUACCCACCAUGGUACCAGGCUCUCUAUCCAACUGCUCAGCUAAAUGUCAAACUUAAUGACUUCCAACAACUUCCUCUGAAACUCUAACUUUUUACAACCAGUGCAGCAUUAAAAUUAUUUUUAGAAAGUUCAGCCAACUUUAUAGGCUCCAAUUAUGGCCUAUAAAGACCUUCAACUAUUCAUACUAGAGUUAAUAUAUGUACAAAAAUGUAUUUCCCUUACCUAGUAAUUUUGUGCCACAUAAUUUCAAUUAUAUUUAUUAACUGGCAGUGUGAAUUUAACGCAAAUCCAAUAUUUUCUGGUUUCCACUUGCUUGAUCAGAGGUGACCAGUGAGCUCGCCUGUGCUUCUUUUUCACUUAGCGGACGUUCUGAUAGCUGCACCUCCAAUUUGACCACCCAAUCUUUACCCCUCGCUUCCCUUUUGUGCUCCCCAGCUGGCCCGUGACUAUUGGUUGAUGAAUCAGUGAUGCACAAUAAUGGAAACGUUUGCUGUGAUUGAGGAUUAGAGGAGCGAAAUUGAACCUGCAUUUUGAUUCAGGAGAAAUGAGGUGUUUCACUAUGUGGCAGGAGUCUUGGUAUACACAUUUUAAUUAAUGAAUCAGGUCGUGUUAGACCAACUUGUUCUUCCCUAUUUUUGUCCAUUUAAUCCAACUCUCAAGCAAUUCUUAAAUUAACCUUAAUCCAGAAAGAUGACACGUUAGGUUCAGCAUUAAUUUCCCAAUGUAAGACCAUUCCCAUGUGUAUUUUGAAUAGGUUUUGGACAUCCACUUGGAACACUUAAUUCUUUUUAACCUCCUACUAACUCAUUCUCAAUGAAUACAUAUGAAUUCAUGUUUCUUUAAUAUGGUUGUUCAUUUGAAAUUAAUUUGAAUCCAUAGUCAGAUUGUGUGUAUGACAAUGAGAUUGAUCGCAGUUAAACUUAUGUGACCAAUUGCGAUCGAAAUGCGUGAUCAUUGCCAAAAUUAACUUCAAAUACAUAUUACACUGCAAAAAAAAUAAAUAAAUAAAAAAACACAUCUUUAAAACUACUUAAAUUCCCUUGUUUUUGGUGUAAAUCUGCUAGAAACGUGAAAUUAUCUGCCAGUGCUUCAAGUAAAUUUGUACUCAGAUUUCUUGAAAUAAGAAAAAUAGCUAUCUGAAAAUAAGCAAAAAAUUACUAUAUUUAAUCCAAAAAAAAAAGCUUUAGAAUGUUGAAGUGUUCUUAAGUCAAUAACAUUGAUCAAAACAUUAUUUGAAAGCAAAUUUUUCUUGAUUUAGGUAAAAAAAUUUAGCAACUUUUAGAUGUAUGGGUUUAAUAGGAACAAAUUGUAUUAUUUACUUAAAGUAAGUGGAAUAAUCUAUCACAUUAAUUUGUUAACUAGUCUUUAUCACUCUAAACAAGCUGGAGAAAAUCAUUUGAAUAGAUUUAAUAAAAAUAAUCGUAUUGAGACAUUAUAAAUUUGUAGUGUCUGUAAGACAGUGGUGAGGUGUGUUGUUGGUGUGACGAAGGAGUUAAAAGUGGAGGUGGGACUACAUCAGGGAUCACCUCUGAGCACCUUCUUGUUUGCUAUGGUAAUGGACAGGAUGACAGAGAAGGUUACACAGGAAUCUCAAUGGACUAUGAUGUUUGCAGAUGACUUUGUGAUCUGUAAUGACGGCAGGGAAGAGGUAGAGGAGAAACUAAAGGUUUGGAGGUCUGCCCUGGAAAGGAGGGGAAUGAAGGUUAGCCGUAGCAAGAUGGAAUAUCUGUGCAGUGGUGAGACCAGCGAUGUUGUUUAGUCUGGAAACAGCCCACUGAGGAAAAAAUAGAAGGGUGAGCUGGAGUUGGCAGUGAUGAAGAUGCUGAGGUUCUCUUUGGGAGUGACCAGGAUGGACAUGAUCAGUAAUGAGCAUAUCAGAAGGACACUGCAUGUAUGUUAGGGGAUUUGGCGAUAAAGUCAGAGAGGCCAGACUGAGAUGGAUUAGGCAUGUCCAGAGGAGAAAUAGUGAGUAUAUUGGCAAAAGGAUGCUGAAACUCCAUAUGCCAGGCAGGAGGUCUAGAGGACGACCAAAGACUAGGUUUAUGGAUGUAGUUAAAGAGGACAUGAAUGUAGUUGAUGUGAGAGCAGAGGAUGCAGAGGACAGGGUAAGAUGGGGACUACUGAUUCACUGUGGCGACCUCUGAAGGAAAAAGCCAAAAGGAAGAGACUAUGGUAUUCGUAAUCCUAAACGUCUGCUGAAUACUACUUUUGAAUUCAUGCUUGAUUGUGUAUUUGACUAUGCGAUUAAUCGCAGUUAAUGUUAGGCAAUUAAUUGCAAUUAAAAAUGUGCAAUCGAUGCCCAGCUCAAUUUUUUCCCCACAGUUUAAAACAUGGCCACUCAAGAGCAAUAGCCACUAAGUGUUGCAUUCUUAAUGAGUUUGUCACUGUAAUUAACGACUAGCAACUCUUGUAAAGAAAAACCCACUAGUCUCAAGUUUCAAUGUUUUUUGAUGUUAUUGGCGAUGACUGAAGACUGACAAAAUGUUCACCCCAUUGUGUCCAAAUUAGCAGAACUGUGACACUUUGGCGCAGUCAGCAUUGGUUGAUUUAAUUACAGCGUCUGACACUAAUGUUUGAAAAUAACAGAUACUUAAGUAGCCUAGCUGUCAAGUUGACGGCAUGAAAUGGUGUUUUCGUGUUAACUGACUCAUUAUCUUACUGGAAACAGACAGAGAACAAAAGAUGUAUUUGCUUGUAAGGCUUAAUAAAUUGUACUUUUUAAAAAAAUGUUACAAACAUGAAAUCACAUUGGUUUUCUGGCAAAGACCUUUAACGAUUUUUUUUAUAGAGCGAUUUUAUGGUAUUGCGUUCAUUUACACCUGCCAGUUGCCAACAUGUAAUGCAAUAUUCAAUAUGUGAUAAAAUCAUUGAAUGCAGAAAAAUUCUAGCAGCCCCAAGUGUUACGAAAGGUCAUAUAUGUUUAAAAUUGUUCAGUUUGAAUUUCACUGUAUUACAUAUUCUUUUAAUGUGGUUCUUAAAAGACAGAGUGGAAUCAAGUGUCACUCCAAGGUACUUGAAUUCAGAGACAAUUUGUAGUUCCUGCCCUCCCAAAAAAUACACCUGAAUGUUAGAUGUCCAAAGGUCGCUAUUGAGCAUCAUACAGUUUUAGUUGUGUUUAGUAGUGGGCAAGAUUUGUAAGCCAUUCAUUUAUAGCUUGUAGCUAUAUUAUGUGUAUUUUGUAUCUAUUUAAAUCUGCUCAUACACUGUCCUGAACGAAGAGUAACAACAGUGGCCUCCAUGAUAUGUUGUCACAGUUUCAUUUGCUUGUACUUAUGGUUAUCUCUCGUUUUUCGCGGUUAAUGGGGACCCGAAACCACUGCGAUAAGUGGGAAAACCGCGAAAUAGUGCCCCGACUACAAUUUUUUUUUUUUUUUUUUUUUUUUCACGUGUUCAAUGUAUUUAUUCAGAUUUAGCAUUGGAAAGAGAUACAUAUAAGACAUGUUUUUUCACUUUUUCUUAAAGUAUAAUUUAAAAAACAUAUAUAUACAUUAGGGCUGUCAAACGAUUACAAUUUUUAAUUGAGUUAAUCACAGCUUAAAAAUUAAUUAAUCGCAAUUCAAACCAUCUAUAAAAUAUGCCAUAUUUUUCUGUAAAUUAUUGUUGGAAUGGAAAGACACAAGAAGGAUAUAUACAUUUGAUAUACUGUACAUAAGUACUGUAUUUGUUUAUUAUAACAAUAAAUCAACAAGAUGGCAUUAACAUUAACAUUCUGUUAAAGUGAUGAAUGGAUGGAAAGUCUUGUAGUUCUUAAAAGAUAAAUGUUAGUACAAGUUAUAGAAAUUUUACAUUAAAACCCCUCUUAAUGUUUUCGUUUUAAUAAAAUUGGUAAAAUUUUCAAUCAAAAAAUAAACUAAUAGCUCGCCAUUGUUGAUGUCAAUAAUUACACAAUGCUCAUGGUGCAUAAAAUCAGUCACACCCAAGCGCCAGCUGAGGGAGACAAAAAACACAAGUAACAAGCGGACAUGACACUGCCGUCAUUUCAAUCUGUUUGAGCGGGGCAUGUGCGUUAAUUGCGUCAAAUAUUUUAACGUGAUUAAUUGAAAAAAAUUAAUUACCGCCUGUAAACGCAAUAAUUUUGACAGCCCUAAUACAUAUAUAUAUAUAUAUAUAUAUAUAUAUAUAUUUUUUUUUUUUUUUUUUUUUAAAUAAAUGUUUGAUAAGCACUUCAAUUGUAAUAAUUAUGAUAAGUUUUAAACAUGUUACUCUCCCACUGAAUUAAUAUCAAACAUGAAUAAAUUAUAAAAAUGCUUGUCUCUAUGAAAUGCCUAUUUGAGUGUGUCCACUCAAAUCCGCUCACUUGGCUUACUUACACACAAUGAGUUGCCACAGCAACUGUUUAACAAGUUAAACGAUGAUUGACACAUAGGGCCUUUGAAAUUUUCUGCUUCCGAGUGUCUCCGGCAAGAUCAAACCUUAAGGUCCGUCAACCAUCAUUAACAUUAAUAAGCAACUUCAAUGCAGCGCCUGUCCAAUGAGAGCAGAAGGAGGCAGGGUGAGACUACACAUCGGCUCCAGACAACUCAUCCGUAUUUUUUUUUUUUUUUAAUUGAAAAAAAAAAAUGGACUAAGGGCGCGUAGUUUGAAGCACGAAGUAGCGAGGGAUCACAGUAUAAUCUUCAUGACAGAGAGCAGUUUCAGGUUGGUUGUUGGUCAUUUUGUUUUGAAGGGAUUGUGCUCAAUCAACAUUCUAAAUAUUUAAUUAUAUCCAUCCAAUCGCCAAAUAAAAUUAUAAAUAAAAAAGGGAAAAUGGUAUGAUAGGUGAAAUAAUAAUAGCUGGAAUACAGGAGCAACAUUCAAAAAUACACACAACUAUCAUUCUCAUAAGAACCAACUAAGUAAAGCAAGAGCAGCAUUAAGGAGGAAUUAAGUCAUUUAAAUCUAAAUCUGAUUAAGAUCAGAAGACUUGUUAGCUGCCACUAUCAGUCUCAACUGCAAUCCAUCAAAUAACCCAUGAGCUAUAUACCGUAUUAUGGCAAGGACACAGGCGUUUGAAUUCUUAUUGUAAUCAGAACAUACAUAUACCUUUGCUGCAGUCAGAACCACUUUGUGAACGUUUUCCUUAAUUGAUAUGUCAAAAUGGCAGCAAACCAAUACCUUUCCAUUUGACAGGAAAAUUAACUGUCUAAACGAAGCUCCUAGCCUCAAUUAAACAUAGUUGAUACCCCAAGCUGGUGCCAGAACAAUACCUUUACGUUACAAAAUCUUGGUGAAUUGACAGGUAGUGAAUUGCGGAUUUGCAGGACUGAUUAGCCACAAGUAUAGUCAUCUACAGAAUAUGUGGUGUUAAUGAAAACAAUGUGAUCAUCUUCUAAGAUGGACAUAACGCAUUAAAACGGAUAGAUUAAAAAUGAAUGAAAAACACAAUAUCAUUUUUUUCUAGUUUUUUUUUUUUUUUUUUUUUACAUUUUUGACUGCCAACCGAAAAGAAAAAGAAUUAAUGAUACCCAGGAUAGCAAUAGCGUCACAUGAUUCAUAUUGUGCAGCGGAAUCAGGUUGCUCAUAUGACUGAGUUGCUCGAUGCGGUUGACACGGCCUUUUGUUUAGCAUCCUCUUUUGCCGCUCUAGUGAGUUGGAAUGACACGAUGGUAAUGUCGCUCUGACCGCAAAGUGUACACCGCAUAUAUUUGUGUGUGUAUCUGCGUGUGUGUGUGUGUAAUGUCGGGCAGUUUAACCUGCAUAUGACCCAGUUUAAGAAUAGCACGUAGCAAUUGAUUGUGAGACUCCGGCUGGAUCCUUGAAGGUAAUAAUGAUAUUCCGCUGUCAGGAUCUUGGCUCACCUGUCAACACGACGCUGCGUUACUUGUCGCUGCAGUCUGUUAAAAAUGCAUACAGUAUGUGAAAGAAAAGAUGGAUGCACAUUUAUAUUUGUCAGCUUCAAAGAAUACUAAACCAAACCACAUUUCGGUGAGGUACACAUCCUCUUUUUCUUUGAACUAAUGAUGUACAGUAUGAGAGCACAUGGUUAGCGGCUUUCAUUCAAAUGUAUUUAUCAAGCUAUGUAUUUCCAUAGGACCUAUUUACUGUAUAUUUAUGUAUUUGUUUUAGACUCUAAUAACUGAUGUCACAACAUGUACAGUUCUUGACUUGUCCAUUUUUUGUCAUAUCAUGCAUAUACGACUUUCUACUGAGAAGGCACAGCCUGUUAUUGUAUGUGUUCAAGGACACACGAGGCAGAGCGAUAUUUUGAAUGCUUUUGUUCAUGAUCAAAGGGUUUAUUGAAAUUAUUUAUUUUCUGCUUUUAACAUGGAAUAAAGCAAUAAGGGGCUCAUACGGGAAUGUACGUAUGUGUGAGUGUGUGAGUGAGUGUAUGUUGGUGAAAGAAGUGAGAUCCUCAAAAUGCAUUGUCGAUAAGCAAGCACACCUGCUGGAUGAAAUCAUAAGGUAUAGAAUAAAAUGAAAAAGGAACAUUUACUUGGUGUUUUUGGGUCAUUUUUCACUGCAUUGAAUUGUGAAGGUUGUACAUCACAUUAAUUCUUUGACUGCCAUUGACAGUGGCAGACAUCCAUUUGAAUUGGGAUGGCUAACGUUGAAUGAUCAUGUUUUUGACUGGGAGCAAUCAUCAGCCAUGUAAUUUUUGUUAAAUAUGAGGAUAAGCAGCUCGGAAAAUGAAUUAAUCAAUGAAUGUUAGGAAGGGUGACAAUAAUUUUUUUCUUUCUAAAAAAAAGAGGACACUCAGCCCGGCCUCGAGACACUUAAAUUUUACUUGAACUUUAC